AGUUUGCGUUGCUUUCUUCCGCGCUUAUUUAUUUGUAUUUUUAUGGCGUAACCUGAUAAUUAAAUAUCAAUCGAGCGAUGUGACUCUCACUUGCCGAAUUCUAUUAAAUUAUUGUGUUUGAUAAAAAUAUUUCAAGAUGUCGGAUAGUGACGAAAACCUCCAUCGCUUAGAAGGCACGUCUGGCGAUGCCGUUGGUGGCUUAAUCAUCAAAAAGAAAGAACAGCCAGCAGAAUUUCAGUUCGCAAGACCUUCGUUGCUUGGUCUAGAUAAGCUAGCAGCAGCUAAACGGAAGCAAAACCGGCUUAUAUCCUUCCAACAAGAAGAAAAUGAAGAGGAUGACAAACCUGCCACUUCUGGAGUAAAAGAACGUAAAUAUAGGAAGCAUAAUGAGGAAACUCCGACGUACACUGGUGGUAUCUCGGAGGCAGCCGUUUUAAGGCAAUUGGAACGGACACAAAGAAAAGAAAAAGAGGCAAAAGAGAAAGGUGUCCACAACUCUACUCAAGAAGAGAAAAAGUCUCGCUCAAAAGAUGAAGAUGAUUACUACCACCACCGCUACGAUCGCCGUGACCGUGACAAAGGAGACAGGAGAGACAGAGAUAGAGAUAGACGGAGAGACGACAGGCGAGACAGGGAUAGAGAGGAUAGGAGAAGUUAUGAUAGAAGUGACAGGAGUGAUAGAAGUGAUAGGAGAGAUAGAGACAGCGAAAGGAGUAAUAGAGAUAGCUCUAGACGGAGCUAUUAUGAGCCGCGGUUCAAAGAUGAACCUAAGACACCAAAUUUGAAAGUCCUGAAACCUCCAGAGAGUACAGCCUGGGACGAUGAUGAUGAUGACAAGGCACCUCCACGGAAGUCAACAUGGGACUUCCCAACUCCAAAGCCAAGAGAAAUGGGUCCGAGCUCGGAGAGGUCCCAGCGGAGACCUACAAGGGAUUAUAAGGGGCGGCCUUAUGAGAAUACUCCUAGAGCAACUCCUCACAAAUGGGUGAGCUCUCGCCGAGGCAUGGAUGUGGAUGACCCUGACUGGCAGGAGGCUGAGAAGAAACUCGACAGAGAGUGGUACAACAUGGGUGAAGGCGAAACAGACGAAUCUGACCCAUUCGCCGGCACCAGCUCCGAAUACAUAGCCAAGAAAGAAGAACAGAUUGAAAAGAGACGGAAUCGCAAAGUGUCCGCCCAACGGCAGCAAAGCGACAGAGACAACGAGCUGUGGGAGCGAAACAGAAUGUUAACUAGCGGAGUUGUGCAUGCCGUCAACGUUAAUAGCGAUAUGGACGAGGAAAGCGUGGACCGAGUCCAUUUACUCGUACACAACAUCGUACCGCCCUUCCUUGAUGGACGGAUUGUUUUCACCAAGCAGCCUGAACCUGUCAUACCGGUGAAAGACCCAACCUCAGACAUGGCGCUAAACGCCCGUAAAGGCUCAGCGCUCGUAAAGGCUUUCAGGCUGGAGAAGGAAAGGCGGAAGGCCCAGAAGAAGCACUGGAAACUUGAAGGAACUAAAAUUGGAAACAUCAUGGGUAUCCAGAAGAAAGAAGAAGAACUGGAGGACGGACCUACGAAGGAGGCCUAUAAGUAUGCUGAACAUGUUGAUAGCGAAUCUAAGGAUGCCAAAGAGCCCGAAUCCAAAUCUUCAUUCGUUAGGAACAAAACCAUACAAGAGCAAAGACGGUUCCUACCAGUGUUCGCUGUAAGAGAGGAGUUGAUGCAAGUUAUAAGGGAAAAUAGCGUGGUCAUCAUAGUUGGUGAAACCGGCAGCGGCAAAACGACCCAACUAACUCAAUACCUCCACGAAGAGGGGUAUAGUCGCCUUGGUAUGAUCGGAUGCACGCAGCCACGUAGAGUUGCAGCUAUGUCUGUAGCUAAACGUGUUUCUGACGAAAUGAACACCAAGCUGGGCGACGAGGUCGGCUACGCGAUCCGUUUCGAAGACUGCACAUCCCCAAACACAGUCAUCAAAUACAUGACCGACGGUAUAUUACUCCGAGAAGGUCUACGCGAACCAGAUCUUGACAACUAUUGUGCCAUUAUUAUGGACGAAGCUCACGAGAGGUCGCUGUCCACGGAUAUGCUCUUCGGUCUUCUCAGAGAGGUGGUAGCCCGCCGCAGCGACCUGAAGUUAAUCGUGACCUCGGCCACCAUGGACUCGUCCAAGUUCUCUGCGUUCUUCGGGAACGUGCCCACCUUCACCAUCCCCGGGCGCACCUUCCCCGUCGAGACCUUCUUCGCCAAGAACGUCUGCGAGGACUACGUCGACGGCGCUGUUAAACAGGCCUUGCAAAUCCAUCUUCAGCCAGACGAAGGUGACAUCCUGAUAUUCAUGCCCGGUCAAGAGGACAUCGAAGUGACUUGCGAGGUCCUGACGGAACGCUUAGCUGACUUGGACAGUGCUCCUCCUCUAACCGUUCUGCCAAUCUACUCUCAACUACCAGCCGACUUGCAGGCCAAGAUCUUCCAGCGCGCGCCGCAAGGGUUAAGGAAAUGUAUCGUCGCUACCAAUAUCGCCGAAACCUCGCUGACGGUGGACGGAAUAAUGUACGUGAUCGACUGCGGUUACUGCAAGCUGAAAGUGUACAACCCUAGGAUCGGUAUGGACGCUCUACAGAUCUACCCAGUGAGUCAAGCUAACGCCCGCCAGCGCGCCGGUCGUGCCGGCCACGGGCCCGGCAAAGCUUACUGCCUCUAUACACAGCGGCAGUACACUCAUGAGUUACUUGCGUCUACAGUGCCUGAGAUACAGCGAACUAACUUGGCCAAUACGGUGUUACUGCUCAAGUCUUUGGGAGUUGAGGACCUACUGGCGUUCCACUUUAUGGACCCGCCUCCGCAGGACACAAUCCUAAACUCCAUGUACCAGCUUUGGAUCCUAGGCGCGUUAGACGGCACGGGCGCGCUGACGCCGCUCGGCCGUCAAAUGGCCGAAUUCCCUCUAGAUCCGCCGCAGUGCAAGAUGCUCAUCGUGUCCGCUGAGAUGGGGUGUAGCGCUGAGGUGCUUAUAGUAGUGUCCAUGUUAUCAGUCCCGUCCGUGUUCUACCGUCCACAAGGCCGGGAGGAGGAAGCUGAUGCUGUCAAAGAGAAGUUCCAAGUCCCCGAGUCCGACCAUCUCACGCUACUGCAUUUGUAUAACCAGUGGAAAUCUAACAAUUACUCAAGCUCCUGGUGUACAGAACACUUCGUGCACGCCAAGGCGAUGCGAAAAGUGCGCGAAGUUCGACAACAGCUCAAGGACAUCAUGCAAGCUCAGAGGUUGCCGCUAGAGUCGUGUGGGACUGACUGGGACACUGUACGGAAAUGUAUCUGUUCUGCGUACUUCCAACAAGCAGCCCGCCUGAAAGGCAUAGGCGAGUACGUGAACAGCCGCACCGGCAUGCCGUGCCACCUGCAUCCCACCUCGGCUCUGUUCGGGCUCGGAGACUCGCCCGACUACGUCGUGUACCACGAACUCAUGAUGACCAGCAAGGAAUACAUGCACUGCGUGACGGCGGUGGACGGGCGCUGGCUGGCCGAGCUCGGGCCCAUGUUCUUCUCCGUCAAGGAAACCGGCAAAUCAAACCGCGACAAGCGCAAAGAAGCGGCCGUGCACCUCCAACGCAUGGAGGAAGAGAUGAAAGCAGCCGAACUCAAGAUGGCCGAAGACAGGAAACUCAAAGACCAAGACGUUCCCAUCAAACAAGAAAUCGCCACUCCUGGACUAAGUACACCGAGACGAACACCUGCAAGAUUCGGUAUCUAGAUUUACAGGGAAAAGUUUUUGCUAAAUAUUAUGUCAUAUAAACACAAAAUAUCAUUGCCCACUGUACUUUACACCCACAAAGUUUUGGAGACUAUAGAAAAUGGCCGAAGACAGAAUGAUAUAAGACUAGAACGUUCCCAUCAAGCAAGAGAUAGCGACUCCAGGAUAAAGUACAUCGAAGCGAACGCCGCGCCGGCAAGAUUUAAGAUUUAUUGAGAUAAUAAUCGGGAGCACAGAAUAAUAAAGAAUAAUAUCGUACAGUAUGGCCAUUGGCCACUCCCGCUCCCCGCUGAAAAUGCCGCCCACCCCCUCUCGGUUACCUCACAGUUUCCGCCUGUCAAAAACGCGACCAGUCGACCUGUCAUAUCUCACUCACACAAGCAUGGUACGCGUUCACCUACACGAGCUUAGACUGUGUGCGUAGGAACGCGCCUCUUUCAUAUAUUUGAUCGCCGAGAACGAGGUGUGUCGGGAGUAAGGUAGCGUCUAGCGCUAUCUAAUGGUCAUCUAAAAGCAAAAAACAUAAUUAUAGUGAAUUCCGAGAACGUCCAUAAUGAUUUUAAUAAUGCGCCGCAUGCGAUAGAGUGGCGUUCCAAGCCAAGGGUUAAAUCUGUCCGAUUACAAUCGAGGUAAAAGAUUCAAACAACGAGCAGACUUCAUUGUUAACACUAGUAAUUAAUACAGAUGGUCAAACAAAUCUUGGCACUAAUAAACGGCGCGAAAUUCAAAUUUUAUAUGGGAAUUAUACCCCUACAUUUUUCAAAUUUGCCGCCUUUUUGAAUGCUAAGAUUUGGUUCACCGUCGAUAGAUAAUUUUUCAGUACAGAUGGUGUUUUUUACGCACUAGUGCGAGAAGUGAUUCAUUAUAUGCCAGGUCCAAACUUCGGAGGGCCAUCUGUACUGAAAAACGUCGUACGAUACACAUGCGAAAAGAAAUUCAUAACUCGUGUCGAUUUAAAACACUUCCUUCGGUCGUGUUUUAAUUUAUCACCACUCGUUUCGAACUUUUAUUGAGUUCUAUUGUAUUAAGUUCCAAAUAAUGAACUAUUUUAACUCGUGUAACAACGUUCAAUCAGACUUUCGAUUUUAUUUAUAUCCAAAAUAAAAAUGUUAGAACUUUCCUUAUGUUACAUUAAGUUACAAUGUAUUUUACCUAAUUGUUAAGUAUUUAAGUGAUCGAAAUAAAACAUGAUUUUUCUGA